AUGUCCCACCAAGAGGGCAGCGCAGACGGCUUACAAGACUUAGGUACUGAAAGCCUGUUCAGCAGUCCAGAGGAGCAGUCUGGAGCAGCGGCAGCGGCGGAGGCCUCCUCGGACAUUGAUAUAGCGACCUUAUGUGUGAGUAUGAGAAUGACUAGAGAUGACGGUGAUACCAGGGAUGGUGGUUUCCCAAACGAUGCCAGCACAGAAAAUCGAAGCACUAACCAAGAAAGUUCAAGUGAAGAUGUCGAACUUGAGAGCAUGGAGGACUUUGAGCGUUUCUUCAUGGGUGGUGGAAGCUUAUUCUAUUACCCUUUACUAAGAGAGGAUGAGAUAGUAGAGGAGGAAGAGGAAGAAAUAGAGGAGGAGGGAGAAGAGGAAGAAGACGAACAGGCUCAGAUGUGUCCACAAUGCGGUGGUGCCAACCAUGAGCAGUGUUUGUUAGAGGAGAAUCGGGUGCUGGAGGAGUGGAUUUCCUCAGAGACAUCUGCCCUGCCUCGACCUCGCUGGCAGGUCGUUACUGCUCUUCGCCAGCGGCAGCUGGGUUCAAGUACCCGCUUUGUCUAUGAGGCCUGUGGGGCAAGAGCCUUUGUGCAGCGUUUCCGCCUGCAAUAUCGUCUUGAAGGACAUAUGGGUUGUGUCAAUACUGUGCACUUUAACCAGCGUGGCACCCGGCUGGCCAGUAGUGGUGAUGACCUAAGAGUGAGAGUGUGGGACUGGGUGCAGCAGAAGCCAGUAUUGGACUUUGAGAGUGGCCACAAAAAUAAUGUCUUACAGGCCAAGUUCCUUCCUAACUGUGCUGAUUCCACCCUAGCCAUGUGUGCCCGUGAUGGGCAGGUACGGGUAGCAGAACUAAUUAAUGCAUCAUAUUUCGAGAGUACUAAGCGUGUGGCCCAGCACAAGGGAGCUGCCCACAAGUUGGCUCUGGAGCCAGGCUCUCCUUAUAAGUUCCUCACUUCAGGUGAAGAUGCCGUUGUCUUCACCAUUGACCUCAGACAACACCAGCCAGCUUCAAAAAUUGUGGUAACAAGAGAAAAUGGGAAGAGAGUGGGACUGUAUACAAUCUCUGUGAAUCCUGCUAAUACCUACCAAUUUGCAGUGGCUGGACAAGAUCAGUUUGUCAGGAUUUAUGACCAGAGGAGAAUUGAUGAGAAAGAAAACAAUGGAGUACUCAAGAAAUUCGCUCCUCGUCAUCUGGUUAAUUGUAAUUUCCCAACAAGCAUCACCUGCACUGUGUACAGCCACGAUGGCACGGAGCUCUUGGCCAGCUACAAUGAUGAAGAUAUUUACCUCUUUAACUCCUCUCACAGUGAUGGUGCUCAAUAUGCAAAGAGAUUUAAGGGACACCGAAAUAAUACCACCGUCAAAGGUGUUAAUUUCUAUGGUCCCAGAAGUGAGUUUGUCGUGAGCGGUAGUGAUUGUGGACACAUCUUCUUUUGGGAAAAAUCAUCUUGCCAGAUCAUCCAGUUGUUGAAGGGGGACACAGAAGGUACAAUAAACUGUCUUGAACCCCACCCUUACCUACCUAUGUUGGCAACCAGCGGCCUAGAUCAUGAUGUCAAGAUCUGGACACCCACAGCUGAAGCUGCCACUGAGCUUACUGACUUAAAGGAUGUGAUUAAGAAGAACAAGUUGGAACGAGAUCAAGAUAGUUUGUACCAUACCGGCCUGUUUGACCAGUACAUGCUUUGGUUCCUCAUGCGCCACCUGUCACAGAGAGAUCAUCACCCGGCCUGGAGAGCCAGAUUCCCAGGAGAAGAAUCGGAUGAGUCUUCCAGCACCUCAGAUACAUCCGAGGAGGAGGGCCAACACUGA